AUGUCUGGAAAAGAUAUCGACAUGAAGUCUCUCAGCGCCGCAGCCCAGGCGUGCGUGACAAAGAUGCAGGCAGAGAAGGUCAACGAGGCGUGCAUCCGCACCUUCCUGCGUCAGCACGAGAUGCUCAGCUCCGGCGCCACCGGCUCCAUCCCCGACUCCGCGAUCAAGCCGGUCGAGAAACUGGACUCGCUCGACGAGUUGACCGUGCAGUGCGAGAACGCCAUCUUGGAAAGCACCGUCGUGCUGAAGCUGAACGGUGGUUUGGGCACCGGCAUGGGUCUGCACGACGCCAAGACGCUGCUGGAGGUGAAGGACGGCAAGACCUUCCUGGACUUCACAGCGAUGCAGAUGGAGUACCUCCGCAAGAACUGCAGCAGCCGUUUGCGCUUCAUGCUGAUGGACAGCUUCAGCACCUCGGCGAGCACCAAGGCCUUCAUGAAGCAGCACUACCCGUGGCUGUACGACGCCUUCGACGCGGAGGUGGAGUUGAUGCAGAACCAAGUGCCGAAGGUUUUGCAAGACACGCUGGAGCCGGCUACCUGGCCGACGGACCCGUCCUGCGAGUGGGCCCCGCCGGGUCACGGCGACCUCUACACCGCGCUCUACGGCAGCGGCAAGCUGCGGGAGCUGCUCCGGCAGGGCUACCGCUACCUCUUCGUCAGCAACGGCGACAACCUCGGCGCGACCCUGGACAGCCGCAUUCUCGCCUACAUGGAGAACAACGCGGUGGACUUCCUGAUGGAGGUGUGCCAGCGCACCGAGAGCGACAAGAAGGGCGGCCACCUGGCUCUCCAAACGAAGAAGACGCCCGGCAAGGAUGGCGCGCCGGCGACGGAGAAGAUGGUGCUGCUGCUGCGGGAGUCAGCGCAGUGCCCGGAGGAGGAUAUGGAGAGCUUCCAGGACAUCCGCAAGUACUCCUUCUUUAACACGAACAACCUGUGGAUCAGCCUGCCGGCGUUGAUGGAGACGAUGGAGCAGCACGGCGGCACUCUGCCCCUGCCAGUGAUCCGCAAUGAAAAGACGGUUGAUCCGUCCGAUUCCAAGUCGCCGAAGGUGUUUCAGCUCGAGACGGCCAUGGGGGCAGCGAUCGCGAUGUUCGACCACGCCUCGGCCAUCGUCGUACCGCGCAGCCGCUUCGCCCCGGUGAAGACCUGCGCUGACCUGCUCGCCCUGCGCUCGGACGCGUACGUGAUCACGCCGGACUCGCGCUUGGUGCUGGAUGAGCACUGCAACGGCCGCCCCCCGGUGGUGGACCUCGACAGCAAGCACUACAAACUCAUGAAGGGUUUCUCGAAGCUGGUGGAGCGUGGGGUGCCGUCCAUGGUGCACUGCAAGCGUGUCGGCGUGAAGGGUCUCGUGCAGUUCGGUGCGAAGAAUGUGCUGAAGGGCGAGGUGAAGAUCGAAAACCCCGACGCGGAGAAGGUAUACGUCAUUCCAGAUGGUACGGUGCUGGAGAACACGACGGCGUUGCCAUCCCCGGCGUAG